AUGGGAGCAAUAAAAUAUGGAAGCUUUUUUUUUUUACUAUCAAAGAUUCUUGCUGUGAAUUGCCUUCAAAAAAAUCCUACAGAUUCGGUACAGUUUAAUGGACAAAAUGCAGGAGCACCUAAUUCUUGGCCUGAUCAACCAGUUCAUCAAGAAAUGUCAAAUUAUUAUAAUUCAAUAAAUCCUAACCUUCCACAAAAUCCUUAUUUGAAUAACAAUGAUAAUCAACAACACAUUAAUUAUCAGCAACAAUCGCCCAUGUCUCAACCGUAUAAUGAGCCACACAACUUUAAUACACCGCAACACUUUACUGCUCCGCAACACUUUACUGCACCACAACACUUUACUGCGCCACAACAAUUGACACCCCAAGAACAAAACUAUUUGCCACCAAUACAACCACCAACAAACCAUCAGAUCCAACAAGUGAAUACAUUUCAGCCACCUUUAACGGGGACGCCUCAAAUAGCACAAGCUAAUCCAAUGCUUCAAGAUCAAUCAAAAGCACCACAGUCCAUACCAAUAGGGCGAUUCAACAGUGAACCCCUGCAUCAACCACUGUUACUUCAUAAACAACAUACAAAAUUGGACCAAAAUGAGAACACCAAAUUUAAUCAGCCUGUAAUAAAUCAGGAAAAUGAAAACCAACAAUCACAGGUACCACAAUCAUACAAUUUACACCCACCAUCACAGGGUGGACAAGGAGAACCACAGUCUUUCGGAACAAUGGAACCUUCGCCUCCAAAAAAAGACGAGAAACAAUUACCUAUAAGUUCAAAUCAGCCAAUAUCUAAGGAAUUACCAGAUUUUGGUGAAUUACCAGAUUUUGGUGAAUUACCAGAUUUUGGCCAAGUUAUAGAUAACGCUAAAAACAAUGAAAAUAAACCAGUACAAGUCCCUUCAACAAUAGUCCCACAGCUAUCACAACAAACAUCGUUUAGUUCUAAACCAGAAAUUCCUAGUAAUCAAUUUUUACCACCCGAAUCACCACUUCCAUCACAAAAUCAAUUACAACCGUCUGAUAUACCAUUAAUCUCGUCUUUAAAACCAUUAGAUAAAGAUUCUUCAACAACUGAUAAAAAUAAUAUGGAAAAUAACAAUGAUGAGCCGUUUAUUUUUAAAGCAGACUUUCCUAGUAAUAUAUUACUUCCGCCAAAAGAAAAUGAAUUAUAUUUAUCACACUCACCUCCUUCAAUUAUUCCUCCUAACUCAAGUAAAUUACAACAGUCUCAAAUGCCAUUACAAUCUUCUACAAAACCAUUGGACAAUGGUUCUUCUACGUCUCAUAAAAAUAAUAUGGAUAUUGAAGAUGUUGGGUCGUUUAAUUCUCAAUCAAAUCUACCUGAUAAUAUAAUUUUUACACCAAAAUCACCUCUACCAUCACAAAAUCAAUUAAAUUUACCACUAUCUUCUUCUUCAAAUCCUCCUAUCUCAAAUCAAUUACCAUUGUCUCAAAUUACAUUACAAUCUUCUUCAGAACUAUUAAGUAAAGACACUUCAACACCUAAUAAAAAUAACAUGGAUAUUGAAGGCGGUAAGCCAUUUAAUUCUCAAUCAGGUGUUCCGAAUGAUACAUUUGUUGGUCCAAAAUUACCUCAAUCAACACAAAAUCAAUUCAAUUUACCACAAUCUUCAUCUUUAGAACUAUUAGAUAAAGGCCCUUCAACACCUAAUAAAAAUAAUAUGGAGAUUGAAGAUGGUGAGCCAUUUAAUUCUCAAUCAGAUGUUCCGAAUGAUACAUUUGUUGGUCCAAAAUUACCUCAAUCAGCACAAAAUCAAUUCAAUUUUCCACAAUCUUCUUCUUCAAAUCCCCCUAUCUCCAAUCAAUUACCACUGUCUCAAAUUCCAUUAGAAUCGUCUUCAGAAUUAUUAGAUAAAGGUCCUCCAAUGCCUAAUAUAAAUACUAUGCAGGAUAAAAAAGACGGUGUGUCAUUGAAUUCUAUACCAGGAUUUCUGGAUGAUAAAUCACAGCCACUUAUUAGCAAUGUUGUGCAAAAUGAAAACAUUUUGAUAGAUAAUUCACAAACAGAUAUGCAAACAUUUUUAAAUCCUGAAAAUAAUGAUAGCAUGAAUUCACUAAAUAAUGUUUCACCACAAGACCCUGACGUUAUGAUAAUAGAUCCACAACCAAAUGAUUUAAUGAAAGAUAUGAUUUUAAAUGACGAUACUAAAACGUUACAAAAUGCAUCGAACGAUUUUCCAUUGCCUACAAAUGUUGUAGAUACACAGCUGAAUGAAGAAGCAAAAUUUGAAGAAGCAAUGUCUGAAUUACCAGCUUUUCCAUUUAAUGAAUAUAAUGAAGAAAGAAAUGCAUUGCAUUCAUUGGAAAAUAUAGUAUUUGACGAACCUUUAGAGGAAGGACUAUCGAAGUACGAUAAAUCAUAUAUUGUAGACACGGAAAAUCCGGAAAAAGUGAAACAGGACAACUCUAAAAUAACUGUGUUCGCCAAUCCUAAUGAUGUUCAUAUCCAGCAAAUAUCUCCUGAACAGUCACCAACUAGUGAUUAUAGUUAUCCAAACAAUAAUUAUUUAUUGAAUACGCCAUCAACUGAUAUACCAUGGUAUAAACCCUCAUUUCCAAAUACAGUUGACUAUGUUCAACAAUCGUAUUCGAAUGCUAAUAAUAAUCAACUAAUUAGUUCAUUAUUAAAUUUUAAUCAAAAUCCAAUGUAUCCGCCAACUAAUAAUUAUUAUAAUCGACAAGACCCUUAUUCCGCUUUUGGUCAAAAUCAGAUGAUAUCUAAGACACAAUUACCUAGUUUGUCGCUAAAUGCCAAUCAACCAAGCUAUAAGGAUAAUAGUGGAUAUAUUUACAAGAAAGUAGAUUUAAAGAAUCCUCCUCCGAAUGUUUCCAAUUCAUGGUUAUUAUUAAAUAAAGAUUACACAAAAAAUCCUAACCAAAAUAACGUGUAUACAAAUAUCUUUGGAACAACUUCAAUGCCUUACCAAAAUAAUAUUCAGGGAAUUUUAAAUUCAUCUUCAAACGAUAUGUUUGUACAAAAUAUGAUGUCCGUAAUUUCAAAUUCGCUUCAGGCACCGUUGGUUGGGACAAAAGCAAUAUUUGACUUAACAUAUGCAAAUUUCCCACGUGCAUCAGUGAGUCAUAUUAUUCGCUUAACACAUGCUAUCGUACGAUCCGUGAUGCUCAGUCUUCGGCAGACUUUGUACGGCCGUCGAUCUAAACGAGAUUUUAAUCCUUCUGAGGCCUUGCAUAAAUUACCGGGAGCUCUGAUUAACAAAUACUCUCAACAAUCUAAAACUGCGCCGACGGAAAAUAAUAUGAAUAUGCCAUACUAUACUCAACCGGAUGCAACAGGUCAACCACCGAUGGCAGAUUUUUCUGCAAGUCAACCAAUGCUUCAGCAACAGCAAACUUACUACGAUGGUGUAACCGACAUGAAUUAUUACGGAUCACAGUACAAUAAUAACAAUAGAUUCGCGCCGCAACCAGCGAACACUCAAAAUUACGUUUUAAAUUCUUUGGUCGAUGCCAUCACCUCUGCAAUACGUUCAAAUGUACCUGAUCCUUACUCAAUCGACACCCCGGAGGUAAAAGAAUACACCCAGCAAGUGAUCGUGACCGUUGAACUACUAUACAAAAAUCAGGUAAGAGGAAAAAAAGUCUCCAAUGUUAAUUUUUCAACAUUUUUUAUUAAUUGUAUACCCUCAUUAACAUUCCGUAAAACCUGA